AUUCCGCCGCCCGGUGGCGAAGGUUUUUAAGCCAGGCUUGGCUGUCGGACGGAGAGAUGGGGGGCGGGGGGGAAGGGGCGUACUCUCCUUAGCUCUCCGGUCUCUAGGGCAGCUAGAUAAACGAAAAGUCUCCGGGGAGGAAUAAAGGACGCUUAGCCGGCCCUUAUAUUCCAGAUUUGGAACUUCGAAAAGAGUACGUACUGAUUCUCCAGAGGGUUUUAUUCUUCUCACAUUUCUCUUAAACGUAAAGACUUUGUGGGUGAUUGUUUUUGUAAGAAGAAAAGCGGGUGACUUCCAAUAGGAAUGUGAAAUGGGCAACUUAAUCGUUCGGGUGCAGUGAACUCCGAUAACAGCCUUUUGAACUUUUGGGCAGGGGUGGGUGGUUUAGCAGUGGGUUUUGUGUAGUUUGGCACCACACUGAGUAAUAAUGUAAGUAGGAGUUUUACCUUUGGGAAGCAGUUAAAACAGUGAUGGCAUAAAUUUGUGUAGGAAUUUAAUUACUUUCAAUAUUAAGUCUCCAAGAGUUGUAUGUUGUGCAGAGAGGCUGUAGAAGUAAAAUACAUCAAAAUACAGUUAGCAUUUAUUUUCUUUUGGCAGCUAAGCAUGUUUUUUAUUUAGUAUAGGACAGUGGUGAUAUUUUGGCCAAGAAAAAAAGCCUACUCAACAACAAAAAAACAAACCGAAAGCCCAGUCACGUGGUGGUGUGAUGGGGGGGCGGGGGUUCCUUAGAACUGUACAGAGAAGCUAGGUCCGUAAUUUUCACUGAGUACCUAAAACAGUGAGUCAGGGCCUGAGAAUUUUAUAAAGAGUUCCCGAUAAUGAAUAUGCGUCCUUACAAGAACUCUUAUUACCUACUUUUUUCAGCUUUAAAAACAAAAAACCUUCCUACUGUUGAAGAUGGUCUGAUUUUAGUAGCCUUUGAAAAAGCCUAGAGUUUUCUGUAAAGUAGUACAUGAUAUAAUGGCUUUCCUAAUUGGAUUACCCUAGAAACCUUUUUUGUGUCCUUUUACCUGCAUAAUCUGGAAAUCCAUCUGAUUACUAAUUACCUUUAUAUUUUUAAUAACCAUGUUCUUUUUCUUUUUUUGAUGUUCUUAUUUUGGUAUACAAGUGGCUGAGCUGCAAUACGUGAUGGUAAACUUUGUUUUAAAAAAGAACUCCUUUAUAAUUUUAGGGACUUAACAUCUCCUUUAGGUAUUAGUGGUGUGUCUACCUUUUCUACUGAUAAUUAAGGAGCAAACACAUUGGCAAGGGGAAAUGAUGUAAGAUGUUCAGUUUAAUUAUCACUUUAUUGCCAAAAUUUGAAGUUCAUUCUCAUUUUUUAAGACCAGUGAGCUACCAUUUAUAAAGUUAUUUAUUGUUACAUCAAACCCUAACUUCAUUAUAUUUCAGAAGAUAGUAUAUGCCUCUGUGUAAUAAAGGAAUUUUAUAUUUCAUUUAACCUCUUAGAUGCUUAGCAACUUGGAGAUAGAAUUCACAUACCAUAAACUUCACCUAUUUAAAAUCAUGUGGACUUUUGUGACUGGCUUCUUUCACUUAAUAUCAUGUUUAGGAAAUUAAAGUCUCACUCAAAAGUGACUUCAGUUGUACUAGUUCAGCUGCUGGUAUUUUUAAUUGGUGCUAACACUUGGAAGUCUUAAAGCAGAAUUGGGAUUAGUCGUGAAACUCGUGCAAAGAAAGGUCGAGAUGGAUUAUCCUGAAUAAUUGGUAGACUCUAGGUAGUGUCUGAGACCGCUUUAUUAACGUAUUAGAGCAAAUUGUCUUUUUGUAUGCUUUCAGAGUUUGUCUUGGUUUUGUUUUGUAAGUAGAAUUCUAGACUCAAAUUUUGAGUUUUGAAGGAAUAAUCAAGUGUGGCUUUUAAAAUUGUGUAGUCUUCAUACAUGUAGAGUGGAGGAGAGUCAUCCUGUGAAAUAAUUUGUCUUCUGAAUCUGGUUAACUUUUUCUCCACUUAAAAUUGUGUUAAGUUUAUUAUUGUGUUUUUUACAGGCUUAAUAUUUUGUUAGUUUUGUAUAGGUCUUUUUAGUAUAGACUGAUCCAAAAAUCAAAACUAGUGUGCUUGCUUGUGUUUCUUAGAAAGGGCUAAAGUUUAUAGUGAAGAUAAGUAGUUACCAUCUUUUUGUUUGUUCCCAAAACAAAAUACCUUUACUUUGAAGAAAGAAACGUGCUAAAUAAUAAAAAGCGUUACACCAAGGUCUUUUUACAACACAUUAAAUUGAUUUUGCAAACUACUUACAUGUUUCAUAAGUAACAUUUGAUGUUACAUCCUUUAAUUUUUCUUUUUUCUAUUGAGUCAUCUUUUAUAGGAAUUUUUUUAAGUUGAUGCCAUUUUUUAAAGUCUUCUGGGUUUUUUUUUUAAGAAAAUGGUAGAGAUCUUCAAAAUGUAACUUUUUCUCAAACUGAUUCAGGGUCUACUUUUUUCAGGACUACUCUGCUUUUUAUCUAAUAGGUGCUAUAGAAAACAUUUCCAAAAAGCACUCCUUUUUCCUCUGCCUUGGACAUAAUCCUUCCUUAGGAAGCUUGAAAGCUUAAGCCUAUGUUGACUAUGGAAAAGACUUUAACUAUCUGUAUUUCAAGACUCAGGAUAGUUUUCUGUUCUUUAAUUAAGGUUUCUUUAUUUUGUUUGUGGUAUAAUUCAGUAGUUAUACAGGGCCCUUUAAAACCCAGUGACUACCAUUGAAUGAUUAACCAUGCUACAGACCAAGCAUUAAUAAACGAGUCUUAAAAGUAACAGUCCGGUGAAGUAUAAGCACCUGUGCUAUCUGUAUUUUACAGUUGAACAGAGAGGUUAAGAAGUUUGCUUACAUCAGCCAUUGAGUGGCAGAAUAGGGAUUCAAAAUCAGGGUGUUUUUUUUUAUGAUUUUUUGUUUGUUUUCUUAAAAAUUCACAUCAAGUAUUCAUGUGUGUAAAAAUCAGUUGUAACGUCUGAUAAAAAAUUCAAAAUCUUCCCACUUUGGUGUCUGUGUCUAGAGUGCCUCCCAGGAUUUUUAAAACCACAAGACAAGUCUCAAAGUUGUUAUUUACAUGCAGAGGUGUUUAAUAACCACAUUUGGAAAAUUUGUCCGUUAGCUUUUUUUUAAAUGUACCAAUUCUAGCAAAAAAAAAUAAUUUACUUUUUGCAGAUGCUACUUCUCACAGUUGCACUGAUAAUUAGAUGGUGUGAAAUUAAAUAUUAGUGAACACUGUUAUGGAAUGCCUUCAAGCGUAAAGGAAUCAAGUGAACAAAUUGUUUUGUUUACAGGGGAGGAGGUGGUGAGGGAAAGGUUUGAAAUACUCAGGUGAGUAGGAUUCCUACAGCUGCUUAGUGAAAUUUGUAGCGUCUGGUAAGUUUCUGCAGCUGAAGGACUUCUGCAUUAGCCUCUUUAAAAUGUACUGGAAUUCUAAAAGGAUGGUUGUCUCUUGGGAAGGGAGCUGGGUGUGGAUGGGUUCUUUUUGGAAGGCUAGGAGGGCUUCUUACUGUACCCUAAAAAAAAUGUGAAUGUGUUGCCUUUUAAAAUUUGUGUGUAAAAGUAAAAGCAGUGAGUAAACUCAUCUUUAAUAUACUCCAAACAGGUAGCUUCAAAAAACAGACACUGUUGGAAGGCCUUUUGAGGCCUUUUACCCCGAUUUUAAAACUUACCCUAAUUAAGUCAUUUUAAAACUUGCUUUUGAGAAGUGUUUAGAUUUAAAGUAGAGAUAGGAAUUUUUUCUCCUCCUUCAAAAGCAAUUUGUUCAGAUUUAAAGUGCAUCUAAAAAGUUACGACUUUUGUAAUGCCAUUUUUCUAAUAUUGAAGGAAGUACUCAAUGAACUUUUGGCUUAGGCUCUUGCUGUAAGUGGACACUGGUGGUAUGUGCAGCUUUUGAGUAAUUAAGUUUUAAAGAAUUUGCAUAAUGAUUCAAAUGAAUAAUAAAACCUGAAAAGUGAAUGAAAAUUGGAGAAAUGAGGAAAAGGCUAGAGUUGACAAUAAGGUGACAGGAAAUGGAAUUUGAAGACUAAUCUGAAAUUGUGUAAGUUUUCUUAAGAUUGGGCAUUAUAAAAUAUUUGGGCCUUAGAAAUUCAGUACUUUGUGGGUGGUGGGACAGGUUUCACUCACUUUUCCCUUUUUGCCAACCCCAAAAUGGGAAGGUGUUUUGCCUUUGCAUUGUCAACAAGCCAUAUGUUACAUUUCCUGUUGUACACCACUGAGUGGUGUUUCUUCAGUGCCUGUAGCAAGAGUAUAUUUUGAUUGACUGCUUUAUGUGCUUGUUUAUUUUUUAUAGCGUUUAAAUCAAACGUUAUUGAGAUGGAUUGGGUUAUGAAACAUAAUGGUCCAAAUGACGCUAGUGAUGGGACAGUACGACUUCGUGGACUGCCAUUUGGUUGCAGCAAAGAGGAAAUAGUUCAGUUCUUUCAAGGUAUAUUGAGAUCUUCAGAAGUAGCAGGAGUGAAAUCAAAGGAUUUUAUGAUCCACCAAGAAGAUUGCUGGGCCAGCGACCGGGACCAUAUGAUAGACCGAUAGGAGGAAGAGGGGGUUAUUAUGGAGCUGGGCGUGGAAGUAUGUAUGACAGAAUGCGACGAGGAGGUGAUGGAUAUGAUGGUGGUUAUGGAGGUUUUGAUGACUAUGGUGGCUAUAAUAAUUAUGGCUAUGGAAAUGAUGGCUUCGAUGACAGAAUGAGAGAUGGAAGAGGUAUGGGAGGACACGGCUAUGGUGGAGCUGGUGAUGCAAGUUCGGGAUUUCAUGGUGGUCAUUUUGUACAUAUGAGAGGAUUACCUUUUCGUGCAACUGAAAAUGACAUUGCUAAUUUCUUCUCACCACUAAAUCCAAUACGAGUGCAUAUUGAUAUUGGAGCUGAUGGCAGAGCGACAGGAGAAGCAGAUGUAGAAUUUGUGACACAUGAAGAUGCCGUAGCUGCCAUGUCUAAAGAUAAGAAUAACAUGCAACAUCGGUACAUUGAACUCUUCUUGAAUUCUACUCCUGGAGGCGGUUCUGGAAUGGGAGGUUCUGGAAUGGGAGGCUAUGGCAGAGAUGGAAUGGAUAAUCAGGGAGGUUAUGGAUCUGUUGGAAGAAUGGGAAUGGGUAACAAUUACAGUGGAGGAUAUGGUACUCCCGAUGGCUUGGGUGGUUAUGGCCGUGGCGGUGGAGGCAGUGGAGGUUACUAUGGGCAAGGUGGCAUGAGUGGAGGUGGAUGGCGUGGGAUGUAUUAAAGCAUAACCACCAACAUCAAAGUCCUGACAACAGUGUCUGGUCUACUAGACUUUCUUACAGAUUUAAUUUCUUUUGUAUUUUAAGAACUUUAUAAUGACUGAAGGAAUGUGUUUUCAAAAUAUUAUUUGGUAAAGCAACAGAUUGUGAUGGGAAAAUCUGUUUUCUGUAGGUUUUAUUUGUUGCAUACUUUGACUUAAAAAUAAAUUUUUAUAUUCAAACCACUGAUGUUGAUACUUUUUAUAUACUAGUUACUCCUAAGGAUGUGCUGCUUUCAUAAGAUUUGGGUUGAUGUAUUUUACUAUUAGCUCUACAAGUAGUAGUAUAGUGUAAUUUUAGAGGACAAUGGUUCACCUUUGCAUAAACCACAAGUCUUUAAUAAGCAGACAUCUGGAAUAGAGCUUGGAAAAUAGUGUAACUUUUUUCUUUUAAUUUCUCCUGGACAGUACUGUAAAUAUAUAAAACUUAAAGAUGAGUGUAGGUGGCUUCAGGAGUAUAAAUUCCACUAAUUUCUAUAUUAGUCAUUCUUUUUCAAAUGUCAUUUAUCAAGCAUAGCUCUGAAAUGAAGAUCUAAAAGGUAUCUGGAUUUCUGAAUAGGGGAUGAGUGUUGGAAGUUUAAAUUCUAGCCCUAGAGUUUAGAAUAAGAUUCACUCAGCACUUGACUGAAGUACCAAAAAUGUUUCCCAAAAAAUGAUAGUUGUAAGUUAUCUCUAAAUGUUAGACUAGGUUAAGGUUCUCAGUGACAUGAGAAUUCAGUACAAAAAGUAUUUACUGUGGAGUAUAAUUCUCACAGCUGUUAUUUUCAGUUUUCCUGCCCAAUAAAGUAUAUGGUUUUUUAGUAACUGUAUAAAUGAUUAAACAAAUGUGAUAGUCAAUUUAAAUGAGAGUCCUGGAAGUUGGAUUUUGCAUUUGAUAUCUGUUUGGAGUUUUAGAGCCAUUGUGUUUAAAAAUGCUAUAUGUAGCAAGGAAAAGGUGCUUUUUACUUUUAAUCCCUUUGAUCAAUAUGGCUUUUUUCCAAAUUGGCUAAUGGAUCAAAAUGAAACCUGUCAAUGUGAAUUCAGUUAUUGACCUUGUUACUUGUUUUUGCUAGAAAUGUUAUUAAUGUAAUAAAUAUCAACAUGGGAGAUAAUA